AUGCCAAAACCACCAUUUUUCCUCUUUAAUCUCAUCCUUUUUUUUCUUCUUUCACUUUCGUUGGCUCUGUAUAGUACCUCGGCCCAGUCCUCUCCACAGUCGCCUUCUGCUGCAUGCAAAUCUACUCUUUACCCCAAACUCUGCCGUUCCAUCCUCUCCACCAUCCGCUACUCGCCGUCCGACGCUUACGAUUACAGCAAGUUUUCCGUGAAGCAAUGUCUGAAGCAAGCACGUAAAACGUCAGACCGGAUCGGCCACUACCUAACCCAAAAAGAGCGACGCUCGUCGAUGGGCCACGCUGAGACUGGAGCACUCGAGGAUUGCCGGCAGCUCUCCCAGCUCAACGUGGAGUACCUGGACUCCAUCUCCGCCGAGCUCAAGUCAGCCGAGUCGAUGAACGAAGAGCUGGUGGAGAGAGUGCAGACGCUGCUGAGUGCGAUAGUGACGAACCAGCAGACAUGCUACGAAGGGCUCGAGGAUUCCGAGAGCAGCAUUGUGGGCGCAUUGUCAGAACCGCUGAACAACGUGACUCGGCUGUACAGUGUGUCACUUGGGUUGGUGACACAUGCAUUGGAUCGGAAUCUGAAACGAAACAAGCGGAAAAAGGGCUCUCAUGGUGGAUUUACGUCGACCAAGGCACACCCUGAUCGAGAACGACUUGAAACUCUCAUCAAGGUACUGCGGAAAAACUACUGCAAAAAAUCAAAGCAGCAUUGCCCCACGAAGGAACGAAUUCUUGGUGAAUUAAUGGAAGACGGUGGAAUUCUUGUGAACGAUACUGUGACUGUCGGCCUUUAUGGUAAAGACAACUUCACCUCCAUCAACGAGGCCAUCGCAUUUGCUCCGAAUCAGUCAAAGCCUGAAGAUGGAUAUUUCAUUAUCUAUGCUAGAGAAGGAUAUUACCAGGAGUAUGUAGUCGUACCCAAGCAUAAGAAGAAUAUAAUGUUGAUUGGAGAUGGUAUCAAUCGCACUGUGAUUACAGGAAACCAUAGUGUAAUUGAUGGCUGGACAACCUUUAAUUCUUCAACCUUUGCUGUUUCUGGAGAUCGGUUUGUAGCAGUAGAUGUUACGUUCAGAAACACGGCGGGUCCAGAAAAGAACCAAGCAGUAGCUCUAAGGAGCAAUGCUGACCUCUCCACCUUCUAUCGUUGUAGUUUUGAAGGCUACCAGGACACUCUCUAUGCUCACUCUCUUAGACAAUUCUACAGGGAGUGUGACAUAUAUGGGACUGUAGAUUUCAUUUUUGGGAAUGCUGCUGCUGUCUUUCAAAGCUGCAAUAUAUAUGCUCGAAAGCCAUUGGCUAACCAAAAGAAUUCCCUCACAGCCCAAGGCCGGUCUGAUCCAGAUCAGAACACUGGUAUUUCCAUCCACAACUGCACAAUUGAAGCUGCACCAGACUUGGCCAUGGCUUUGAACUCCACAUUAAAUUAUCUGGGCAGACCUUGGAGGGUGUACUCCAGGACUGUGUACAUGCAAUCCUAUAUUGGUAGUUUGAUUCAUCCAGUUGGGUGGUUGGAAUGGAAUGGAACAGUUGGUAUAGACACACUCUAUUAUGGAGAGUUUGAGAAUUAUGGGCCAGGUGCAGAUACUGGUAUGAGAGUUCACUGGCCUGGUUAUAGUCUGAUGAAUGCUUCACAAGCUUUGAAUUUUACAGUCUAUAACUUCACAAUGGGGUAUACUUGGUUGCCUGAUACUGAUAUACCCUUUUCAGCAGGGCUUGUGGAGAUCAUUUAAAACUAGAUAGAUUUCCAUUCAUUUUUCUGAAUGUGCUGUAAAUUUGCAAUUAUUUUUUUGAACUCUAUAACUUCGAGAAAUAAUGGAAGUCUUCAGUGUUCUAUCCUUCAAAAUUGACUUGAAUAAACGCCCUUACUGGACUCAUAUUUUAGGUC